CCACACCCGUGCACAACUGAUGAGCAUCGAGAACUGUCUACGUGUACCACCUGGCACGGAAAGAUAAUGAUGUCAUGAUGUGUCGGAUCGGUUCGCGGACGAGACUUUCAAGUUCCAAUCGACAAAUGGAUUUUUGGAAAACGUGAAAAAUGUCGGCAGUGAGAUAAAGCGUUAAGCAGAGUAACGGCCUCCAGCCACCAUGGAUUCCUUCAUGGCCGCGGCGUCUGAUCUGGACUCCAUUCUGGACCAGUUUGAGCAGAACGAAGACUCAACCUUUGUGAUGCAACCAGAGCCCGUGCCCAUCGGCAAACCGACGCUGCAAACCUACCGGACCCCCAACUCCACCCAGGUAGUGAACGGCGGCAACGGGUACCGCACAAGCCAGGAGACGGGUGGAUACAGCUCUGUGGAUAACAGUAGCCUAAGCAGCAGCCAAACCACGGUACAACAUGAACCCAAUUCGACCGACUUCCUGCUGGAUCUGUCCGAGGCCGACUUUGCGCCGGCGGCCCCGCAGACACUGUCUCUAAACUCCCUGGGGAUCACGUCGGACUCUUACCAGCCAGCGUCAACUUACGCUGUGCAGAGUGUUGUGAGUGCCCCAAACCAGUCAACCAGCUUGGAUGGAGGUAAUCCGGGUGUGCCCACCCACACGAGUAGAACUGACUACUCUGGAGAGCCUCUCUCUCAAACGAACGAGACAGUCACUUCUCCCACUCCCCCAGUCAGUUCUGCAUGGGUCGUGGGUGGUAUCCCUUCAACUGCAGACACAGGAUCACUCAUGCCGUCGGUUGCUGAGCCGCACGUCUUGGGAAAUUCUGAUCAGGUUCGUUCCGGCUCGCCAUCACAUGGCUUUCCUAGUGCAACUGUGAGUUUCGGAAACACUGAUGCAAAAGGAGCCCAACCCAGUGCUGUGAGCCAACCGUCGCAAAAUGAAACAGGACGGGGAACACCACCUGUGUCAGGCAACUCACUGAGCAUGGACCAGUCGCCGAGGAAAGAAGGGGACAUCCAGAAAGAAUCGGAUGUAAGCACAGAAAAGCAGGAUCCCAAAUCCGGUGCGACCGAAUCCAAUGAAUCUGAGGUAAAGCCCCUUAGCACAGCCUUGAUCCCAGCGCCGCUAAGACCUGAGCUCAUGCACGAAUACGUCAAACAAGGAGCAAGACCUAAGAUCAUCACCAACCUUAAAACCCCGGAUAGUCCAGUGAAGGCUGUCAACGAAACAGCAACAACCCCAUCAAAGUCAAACAAAGGAGUCGGACAACCAAAGCCCACUGUGGGCUUUGGAAACAUUGCGAGUGUCAAAGUAACGGAUGCUGAUCUUGAAGCAUUAGAAAAAGAAGUUGGCAUCAUGCCGAUGCAAGACAAAGGCAAACCUGUCACUCAGCCUGUACAUCAGCCACAAGGAAAGCCCGGCCAUCUGAACAUUGACGACUUGAGCGUGCCAGGAGAUAGGGUCAGCCCUGUGUCCAAGCUCCUCAAUGAGCAAUACACCAAGUCACGGCACCAGGAGCCCGCCUUGCAACAGGGCAACGAGCUGGCUGGCUUGGAUCCCUUCUUCAGCCAGAAUGGCUCGACAUCCAGGCCGGAUGCGCUGGUGUCUGCCGUCCCAAGCACACAUCUACUUGAUGCAUCUCCAGUUCCCCAGUCGGGCAUCUCUCCCACAAACCCUUCACUAACAGCAAUACCCGCAGAUCCCUCACCGCAAAGCAGCACCAAAGAAACCGCUCUUCCCAAUGAUGUGCUCAGUAAAAAUGCCAAAAAUCUCCUGCGGAACAACCAGGCAUUGCCUGGUAGGCAGCCUUACGGAAGCAGCCAAGUAGAAGACCCAUCAACUCAGAUCAACAAUAGCAACUCCCAAAUUCGGGCAUCCAAAAUACCAGUCAGCGGAGGACAAGUGCUUACUACCUCCCAGGCCGACCUUCAAGGAGUGCCCCCUGCAGUGUCUGCAAUAGCGGGGACCCAAGGAGUCCAACCUAGACCUCAACCAGACAUCAGUUCUUUGGAUCCCAUCCCCAAGAGCAACACUAAUGCCAACCAGCAAAGAAACCUGGCUUAUCCGGCAGGGUUUCCUGCCCCGACACCUGGCACUAGGAGUUCCACAGACCAACGGCAGCCGCAAGGAACUGCCCCAACUCCUUCUUUCUUGCCGGCUGACCCGCCAAGCUAUCAAGACGUCAGGAAUGCAAUGGGAAGUGAGACAGAAAGAAGAUCAGAUGGCCUUCGGCAGGGACUGAGCCUGAAUUUUGACCAAGCGGGCCCACGUAAGGUGGCCCAUGCGCUGCCCCCGAGCCCCAUCGUCGAAGAUAUCCGGGGAAGAGAUGAUGCAUUCGGCGCGCCUGUCCAGAACUCGACGUCUGAAAACCUGCACCCGACUCGGGUAGACAUUACCCAGCAGCAAUCAUUCCAACCUCCACCCCAGGUCCAGCAACCCCCGGCCGACGUCAACCCGCCGGCGUUAGUCGCGGCUCCCAACGUUGUCGCCCAAAACAACCUGUUCCCGGACAAUGACUCCAUCACGCCAUCCAAUGAGACCGACUCCGAAGAAGGGGAGUUUAGUAGACGGGUGAUGGACUAUUCCGAGGGCGUCAUGCAGCUAGGGGCUGUGGCGCCAGUCUGGGUACCAGAUGCAGAAGCCCUGAACUGCAUGAAUUGUCAACAGAAGUUCACUUUUCGGAAGAGGAGACAUCAUUGUAGAGCAUGUGGCAAAGUUUUCUGUGCCAAGUGCUGUUCUAUGCGUCUGAAAUUGAAGUACAUGGAGAGCAAGGAGGCCAGAGUCUGUAUCAGCUGUCUCAACGUCAUCCUAAGAGCGCAAGCUCUUCAGCGGACCCAGGUGGAGAACAAUCCAGUUGCAGAGCCCAUACCGCCCCCCUCGCAGGACCCAGACAACCUCAGCAACAUCAGCAAUACCAGCGAAAGCCUGGCGGCCGGGAACAUUGGGAACAGAUCCUCACUCCGCCGACCGAGCUCUGACGGCUCGCGUCCCAAAGAAACACGCAAAGUUCGUUUCUCCGACGGCCUCAACCCGGGCGUUGAGCAACCGACCCAAGACGCAGUCGUCAUGGGCGGUCCGACCCCCGUCGGGAUCGAGGUUGGCGGCGUGCCUCCAUAUGCAAUAGAAGGCAGACCCAGGGGCCUUGGGGAUGCCUCAGCGUCCAGCCUUAUCCCUGGGAAUGAGGAAGGAUUGCCUCCCGUCAUUGUCGCUUCAGACGCCAGAGGAGAAUUCAGUGUAAGGCCGAACCCUAAUGCUGAUGAGCUUAUACAAGAAAUGAAAAACGCAAGUGCUCUACCUGUGGUAUUCGCUUUGAAUAGAAACCUGCUAGUCCGAACAAAGAUCUUGGAUUUGAACUGCUGCGUGAACAGAACCUGCUGGUGUUUCUCCACCAAGGGCAUGGCCACGGUGGGGCAGGACGAGAUCGUCAUCGUCUUGGAGUGUCUACCGGACGAGAAGGCGAUCCCUAAGGAUAUCUUCCAUCAUCUCCAGUCCCUGUAUGAGCAGGCGUCUAGAGGUACGACGGUAUCCCACAUGGGCCACAGUCUCUUCAGUCAGAGUUUCCUGGGCGGUCGCGAGCAUGGAGGCUUCCUCUACCUGCGACCGUCCUUCCAGUGUCUGGCCAAGCUGUUACUCCCAGAGCCGCCUUACCUCUUCGCCAUCCUGCUGCAGAAGUGGGAGACCCCCUGGGCUAAAGUCUUCCCCCUGCGGCUGUUGCUGAGGCUGGGAGCGGAGUUCAGAUACUAUCCUUGCCCGUUGAUGAGUGUGCGUUUCCGCAAGCCGGUCUUUGGGGAGAUUGGACACACCAUUAUGAACCUUCUGGCUGAUUUCAAGAACUACCAGUACAAGUUGCCAGUUAUCCCCGGCAUAGUCAUCCACAUGCAGGACCGGGAAACGCUGAUCCAGAUACCAAGAAACAGAUACAAUGAGGUUAUGAAGGUGGUGAACAACUCCAACGAGCACGUGAUGGCCAUCGCCGCCAACUUCAGCUCGGAGUCAGACUCCCAUCUCGUGUGCAUCCAGAACGACGAAGGCACCUACCACACCCAGGCAAUCAGCAUACAGAACAAACCAAGGAAGGUUACCGGAGCCAGCUUUGUUGUCUUCAACGGCGCCCUGAAGACCACCUCGGGCCUGACGGCCAAAUCCAGCAUCGUGGAGGACGGCUUGAUGAUUCAGAUCCUGCCAGAGACCAUGGCAGCGCUGCGUCAGGCCCUGCGUGACAUGCUGGACCUGCCCAUACCCUGCGGGGCGUUGCAGGCCGAGCAGCCCGACGAAACAGUGACCGUCAAAUGGGUGGACGACGACAAGACUAUCAAUAUGGGUGUCGUGAGCCCCAUCGACCGUCGCUCCUUGGAAGGCGUGGACAGCAUCCGCAUCCACAACGGCACCGACUUCCGGGGCCGGUCCCACUCCCUGCGCUGGACCGAGGUCUUCUUCCUGGAGAGCAACGAGUCGCCCGUGGACCUGAGCCGGCUGGCCGAGAUGCUGUCCUCGGCGUUCUGCGUGGCCAUGACGGGCCAGCUGGAUGAGCUGAAGGAGGCUGGCAUGGUCAUGCUGGCACUGCGGGUGACCGUGGACUCGGAUAAUGUCGGCUACGAAGCAGGGUCAAAGGGCGAGGUGCUUCCACCAGUCUACAUGAAUGAACUGGACAACGAGCUGAUACCGGUCUUACACAACGCCGUGUCGCAGCAUGAAGGGGGACCGGUCGUCAUGGAGCUGGUCUUCUACAUCAUCGAUUGACCCCAGACUUGGGCUAGCACCCCAGACUCAAGAACCAUUGAAUGUAAAGAAUAUGGGUCUGGGAGCCAGAUAAGCCAAUGUUGACAAAACUUCCUGGAUUUCCGCUCCCGGCUAUACAGAGUUUUGACAAGUGGGAAGAAAAUGUGGGACUUGCACCCGAUGAUGAUCAAGAUGAAAAAAGAAAAAAGCUGUAGAGGUGGCUUAGAAAGGUCAUCGUCUCAUCACUUUGAACAGGAGGACAACAUUACUGCAUUCCACAUUUUGGUUUUUUUUUACACAAACUGCUGUAUUUUUUGGCUUCUAAGAAAGAAUAAAGAUGCUUUGUUCAGUUUAUUGGCGCAAAAAAGAUAUCUUCGUUGACUUAUCUGAUCUAGAGAAAUUCAAAUAAACACCAACUGACACAAUAUGCCUAUUUCUGGCAAUCCAUGUUUAUAUGAUUGUAGAAAUAAUGUACAGUUAAAAUACAACAGUAACAAAUAAUAUAAACUAUUAAGUUUGCAUUUUCUGCUAUAAAAAAAGGAAGAUGCAAAAUUUCGUUCGCUUUUCAUUUUAGAGAUUUUCGAAACAUGGGGCCGUUCUACUUAACAUGUAAACAAUAACGCAAGACGUGUUUCAAAAAUAUUGUGCUGUUCCUCAAGUUAUAUUUUUGUGACGUAAUUUCUCUGUUUCUAGCAUUUAGUUGUUAACCUUUAUGCACCGUUGCAUUUUGUCUUCACACGGAAACAACCGUUGUAAAAUGUAUCACAAUGAUAGAGCCAUUUCAUAUUUCUAAUAUUGAGAGCAAUUUGGUUAUUUGACUUUUCCUGUGUUCACGAGUUUUCGGAAAUGUUUUAAAAAGUAUUUUCACGUUUAGAGGAACUCUAAAAGAAAGUUGUUUGGAACUGCACUGAGUAUACUAACUGGGAUCUGUCUGAUAAUUUAACGGUCUAAAUUAAAACUUGAUUUUUGUUGCUGUAUUUUUAAGUUUUGGCUUGUAGCAAUGUGUAAUAUAUUUUCAUGGAUAUUCACUUUAACAUGUUAUUGGUUCAUUGCGCAUAACUUUAUUAAUACAUCAUGUACAUUAUACUGUACAUUUAACAUAACAAUUUCUAUGAUUUCAUGCAAAUAAACAAAAUAUGUACAUCCUCGUAAGUAAUUUUCAUGUUUGUAAUUUUAAUCAUGGGUAGAUUAAAUUCUGAACAGCAUUUUUAUUAAAUGUAGGUCCAAUAAAAAUGAUUUUUGAAAUGAUGCAAACCUAAUAAUUCUUGUGUGUGUGUGAAUGGAGCCACAGGACCUAUGUGCAUUGUAGACUGCAGAGGGGUCUUUCUGUAAAUUUGGGGCUCUAAAGUGUGACUUUUUUGUGUCCCCGUUACAAAUGACUUGUGUAAUUUACCGUGCAAGUAUCAUUAAAAUUGACAUCAAACUAUUUUUUAUUUGUGUGGCUGGCACUUUGCUUUACAUAAUCACUCUUGGAGAUAGAAGACAUUAAAGAAUAUGUCCAGAAUUUACAUAAUCUUAUAUCCGAUGUAACGGGGACACAAAAACAAAAAACCCAGAAUUGUUUAUUCUAGCUGAGGGCUCAGAUGACAGUUUUACUUGUCGUAAGGAAUGCACAGACUAUCACAGAUUGUCUCAGAUACGUGCACUUAAUUGCUGCUAGGAGCAGUCUUAAUAAUAAAAAAAUGACAACUGUGAUCUGAUAAUAAUUGUACCAAUGUUUCACAUAUGGUGUAUUGCUCUCAUGAGUUUUGUCGUGAAAAGAUGCGCAAACAAAAAUCUGACUUUAAAUUUUAUUUCCAUAUAACUUUGUUUUGCAAGCAUUUAGCUAUUUAACCCAAGUUUAAAUAUGAUAUUUAAGCCACAUUCUUCUGGAUACUAAUGUCUAGCACCAUUUUUGAAAAACACUUACACGUAGAUUUUUUUAUCACAGUAUCAAUAAAACUGAGCACUUUCUUUCACUACUUGUAGACUUAAACAAAAAUCAUGUCUUGAUAAUAUGCACACUGGGAAAGUGUGGCAUUGAUUUAAAAAAAAAAAAACUGGUGUUGGCUUUUGAAAACAAAUAAUUUGUUUCACUUUUUGGUCAUUUUAAAAUAAAAUUGAGAAAUACACUUAUAAAAAAAAUUUCAAAUCUUGAGGAUUGCGAAAACAAUGCACCAGCACAUUCCAGAUGGAACAAUUAAAAAAAGCAAAUAAUUUACAGUAUUUUGGUUAAAGCUGAUGUUGUGAUCUUUAAGCAGUGUUCAUAAUGUGCAAUUAUAGGGCUAGUUUUUGUGAUGAUUUUUUUUUAGCCACUGGGGCCACAAACUGAAAUCAUACUGUUAUUACUCGUCAUGAAAUUACACAGUCACAUAAUAUUUACUUUAAUAUCUCAUGUUUAUUUUGCCUUUAUACACAGGGACGACAAUAUGGAGAAUAUACGGAAAGAAUGUAGUAUUCUGACGCCACUUCUGUGGUUGUGCACAAAGUCUAUGGAGAGUUGAGUGCAUUUUCAAAGUAUUUUCUAACAAAAUUGGAAUUGUUUCUCAGUCCCAGAUUCAUGUCUUUUUCAACAUUUUUGCAAUGACUGACCUUCAUUGAGAUAAUAUAUGAUGAAGAAACUGGCGUCAGGAUGCAGCAUUCUUUCCGAGUAUACAUGUAAUGUUUGCAUGUAAAUCCAAGAAGAUAAGCGGUCAUAAUUUAUUAAACAUGAAAGUAAAACAAAUUUGACCUGGGCCAAACUGGAGCCCCUUUAUGCCAAGAAUCUACCAGAUUUUUUUUGAAUUUUUUUUUUUACUUCUCUCCAAUAUGUAUACUUCCAAGGAAGGUGAUGCACAGUUUUUUUUUUAUCUGAACGCUUGAAUCAGCAAAACAGCAAAGACUGCCAUGUAAUUAUGUAAUGGGAAUAGAUCAGUGGAAAUAAUAAUCUAGAUGAAGGUAUUUUUUAGGAAUAGUAUGAGAAAUAUCUUAAACAAUAUGCAUAUGUAUACAUCAGACAGUUGUAAAUGUGCGUAGAAGGCGUUUUGUACAAAAAA